UAAGUUGCUACACUGAUUUCAAGGCAGUUUUCGCAUUUUGUUGAGCGGAGUUCUGUUCGAGGCAUUCGCAUCCUUUUCCCUUGAGCAUUGCAGGUGUUGGGUUAGUCGUCAACUUUCAUCUCAUUGUUUGCAUUUGAUUCUCUUGCAUUAUGUUAAAGGACACAGGAGCCCUGAGUGCAUACUUCCUCGGUUCCUUUCCCAGAGGAUACUUGAUAUAUUCUGUUUUCUGUUACUUUCACAUUGGGCCUCCUGAAAGGGUUACUCAUUAUCAUCAGCCCUGCAUCUUUACUUUUAUCCUGUUAUAUUUUUCUCAUGCUCAUUUUCAUUCUUCCACAUUUGCCCUACAGCCUGGAUUUUUGUUCUACCUUUCUUUCUUUCUUUUUCCUUUCCUUUUCUUUUCUUCCAACCGUCACUUCUUCUUGGACCUUCUAACUACUCACUUUCGAAAUGAUACCCAAACUUGAUCAUGGCCUGUGUGGAAGUCCUCUUUACUAGGGCUCACAGGUUACCAUGCUAUAUAUUAUUUUUGAGUUUUGUGCUCUUUCCUAUCUGAUUCGUUCUGUAGAGCCUUGCUUCACUUUCUUAUGAAAUUCAAAUAAACAUAAUGAUUUAA